UGUAGGUGCACUAAUCUGACAAUGGAGGGUCCCGGCAUUAGCGGGAUUUAUAUGAUCGGUAGGACAAGCUGUCACCUGCCGGGAAUGAACUGUCAUCCCUUUAUAGCUGGGUGGGGUAUGAAGCCGGUGACACAUCAGUCAUCAGAUUAUACUGAGCGCUUUGCUGCGGCAUGACACGGCUACAACAUUGCUCUCCCGGUGACACAACUCCACGAGACUUCCUGUGACUGGCAACUACAAAAAGCACCCACUUUUUUUUCUAUUUAUUUUUAUAUAACCAUGUGACUCCGAGUCUCCUCCCCUCCCGGCCGCUGACUCAUAAAGGACUGGCCCAGGUCCUUUGUAAACAGAUCUGGCAGCUGCAGCAGCUUCUACAUCUCUCCGCUCUCCACAAUGCAGUUCUUUCCUCCCAUACACAUCCAACUGCACAAGUACAAUGGCAGCCGUGCUGGCCAAUCCAUGAGCCCAGACUUCCAGCACUACAGCUUCAGAAUGCCUAAUAUUGGGUUCCAGAACCUCCCCCUCAACAUCUACAUUGUGGUGUUUGGCACGGCGAUAUUCGUCUUCAUCCUGAGCCUGCUCUUCUGCUGCUAUCUAAUCCGGUUAAGGCAUCAGGCCCGGAAAGAGCUGUAUGCCUAUAAACAGGUCAUAUUAAAAGAAAAAGUAAAAGAGCUGAAUUUGUACGAGAUUUGUGCUGUUUGCCUGGAGGAAUUUAAGGCCAAAGAUGAGCUGGGUAUAUGUCCCUGCAAACACGCCUUUCACAGAAAGUGCCUCAUUAAAUGGCUGGAGGUGCGGAAGGUUUGUCCCCUCUGCAACAUGCCCGUCCUACAGUUGGCACAACUACACAGCAACCAGGAGCAUGGACCUCCGCAAGGGCCUCUGCCUGGUGCAGAAAACAUUGUAUAGUUUACAUACUACACCCUAUGGGUCACCCAAACCAGAAGCCACAGAUCUCAUGUCUCCAUCCUGCCCUCGCCGGUGGCGGGCUGAGAUGCGCUCCGCUCCUAACAUGGAUAUGUGGACUCUACAGUAACCAAAGCACUUUUCAAUGCCUGCCUUGGGCGGAAGAGACACGGGCAACCAGGGAAGAUGGCAGCAGUGUUUGGCCUUGGACGAGCACUUUACUAUACCUAACAAACUGUUGCAAUGUUUCUUUUUUAUUAUAAAUAACUCUUUACUGGAAGCUUCACUGUGCCAGGGCAAGAAAAAGCAUUGCCGAUUGGUUCUAAAGGGAGAAGAAGGCAUGGAAGCCAGCUGAUCCUGGGAGAUAAAAUAUGGUGUCACACUAUGCAAAGAAGUGGUUACCAUAACUGCACACGUCUGUCCGGCAAUGGCUUUUUCCAUCUCAUGCCGAAUAGUGUAACUGGAGUGCUGUCCUCUUUUAUGUAUACACCACGCCUGUACAAGUGGAGGAGGUUGUGUUGGGGGCCAAGUUCUCCCCUCGUACACACUGCGAAGGAAGCCAUUUGUUUGCGCUCUACCUUCACCUAAACACGAUGUGCCCUUGACAUGGCAGAUCCGGCCAUUCCGCGGCCUGCCUUUCCCCCCCACAAACCGCGAGGCUGCCAUUUUGUUAGCAGACGUUUCAUGGUUACAGGUUCAGGCUACGGAAAGGCUGUAUGAAAGGGGGGAGGGGGCGCGCGCUAUCCUUUCAGCAUGAUGUUAGAGGUUGCCUGGCACUUUCAGGAUCAUGGAAGGAAUUUUAUGGGGAAGGGGGUGGAAUUAUUGAAUUCUUGCCCAUGUUUGCUUCAUCUAAACUGUUGUAUCGUCCUUAUUGACGCAAGCUAGGUCACUUAGAUAGUAAAGUCUGGCAGAUUUUUUUUUAUUAAUGAGUGUUCUAGAAAAAAAAAUAGAAUUGCUACCACCAACCAAUCAUGAUCAAGGUGUCAUUGUGCCAGUGCCGGUUA